GUGUGUCUGAAUUGUCGGUAAGACAACUUUAAAUUGAGGUUGGAGAAGCAAAUUCUUUCUUACUUCUGCGGUGGAUGUGCCUCGUAUUUUGUGCUACCACAUUUUCACUGACAAAACAAACACACUAUUGAAUCAACAACCAAUUCCCACAUAUCACAUUCAUAUUCACUUCUCUUACAGUUAAUUAAUAGGUUUGUUAAUUACUUAAUUUAUUGCUCGAGAGAUUCAAACCAAACACAUAACAUUUUCCAUGGCAUACCAAAACCCUCCUUCAAUUCCAAUCUCAGAUCCUGAAGCACCGGAAAUCACUCCUACUCAUACUCCUUCAACCACCACCCCACUAGCCAAUGGAUUUUCAGCCAAAGGAGUGGUGGAAAAAAUAAAAAACAACUUGGUUUUUCACUCAAAAUGGGGUGAGCUCAAUGGCGCCAUGGGUGACCUUGGCACUUAUGUACCAAUUGUUUUGGCCUUGACCCUUGCUAGGGACCUCAACCUUGGCACCACGCUGAUAUUUACCGGUGUGUACAAUAUCAUCACUGGUGUCAUCUAUGGGGUCCCUAUGCCGGUCCAGCCGAUGAAGUCCAUUGCGGCCCAGGCCUUAUCGGACACUGAUUUCGGUGUGCCCGAGAUCAUGACCGCCGGUAUAUUAACCGGCGGCGUGUUGUUUGUUUUGGGGGUGACAGGGUUGAUGCAGCUUGUUUACAUGCUCAUUCCUCUCUGUGUUGUGAGGGGAAUUCAACUAGCACAAGGUUUGUCAUUUGCCUUGACAGCUGUUAAGUAUGUGAGGAAAAUUCAGGACUUGCCAAAGUCUAAAUCUUUGGGGGAGAGGCAUUGGUUUGGGCUUGAUGGGUUGGUUUUGGCCAUUGUUUGUUUGUGUUUCAUUGUGGUUGUGAAUGGGGCUGGGGAGAAGAGUAGAGGGUGUUGUGAUGUUGUGGAAAGUGGUGGUGGUGAUGAUGAUUUGGGUGGUCAAAAGAGGAAUAAUGAGGUUGUUGCAAGAAGCAGGACAAGCAGGGUGAGGAAGGUUAUUUUCUCACUACCUUCUGCUUUCAUGGUGUUUGUGUUGGGGGUUGUUUUGGCCUUCAUAAGAAGGCAUGAGGUGGUGCAUGAAAUAAAGUUUGGACCUUCCUCAAUAGAAGUAGUGAAGUUCUCUAAGCAUGCAUGGAAAAAGGGUUUUGUGAAGGGUGCAAUCCCUCAACUUCCAUUGUCGAUUUUGAACUCUGUGGUGGCUGUUUGCAAGUUGUCAUCAGAUUUGUUCCCAGGGAAGGAUUUCUCAGCCACUUCGUUGUCAGUGACAGUGGGAUUGAUGAACUUGAUUGGUAGUUGGUUUGGUGCUAUGCCGAGUUGCCAUGGUGCUGGUGGACUUGCGGGGCAAUACAAAUUUGGUGGAAGGAGUGGUGGGUGUGUGGCACUUCUUGGUGUUGCCAAAUUGGUGUUGGGUUUGGUGUUGGGAACUUCUUUGGCACACAUUUUGAAGCAGUUUCCUGUGGGGAUCUUAGGGGUGUUGCUUUUGUUUGCUGGAAUUGAACUAGCCAUGUGUGCUAGGGACAUGAACACAAAGGAAGAUUCCUUUGUGACUCUUGUUAUCACUGCAGUUUCACUCGUGGGAUCAAGUGCAGCUCUUGGCUUUUUGUGUGGAAUGGUUGUCUAUGUGCUUCUUAGGCUGAGGAAUUGGACAAGGGGUAAACCACUUUCUACUAUUUGGACGAUGAAAAGCCCCGAGCAAGUUUGAAGAAAACUAAGGAGUAUAUUCAAAAUAUAGUUAUUUUGCUUUUGGAUAUCUCUAAUGCUUUUAAUUAAUUUGUUUGUAAAUAAGUCCAUGAGUAAUGUUUUUAAAAAAUGAUUGUUGUGUUAGAGUUUUUAUUUUCUUCAGUUUUGUUUUUGCUUUGCUGGUCUUUAUUUAAAGCCGAAUAAGGGGUCGUAAGGGUUUAUUACAUGUUAGUUGUAAUUAUAAGGAGUGUAGAGUAUAGAUAUUUAGUAGCAAGUUCAAUUGUUGCAGGCUUUUGCUCUUUGUAUUGGAGUCACAGAAAUUG